CAACAUGGGUGGUUUGCCGCUGGAGACUCAAGCAUCAUAUGAUUCGAGGGGACGACAGGCUGAGUGCUGUCAACGAUCUUGCUGGCAGAAUAGAUCAGAUCCUCUGGAAGUUUUUCAGAAUUUCACCCCAGGAAAUCCUCAAAAACUUCCCCAGGAAUCUGCUCGAAAUUGGAACUGCCAACCUCCUCUAAACUGCUUCUAUGGGCAGCAAUCUUCUAGGCAAGUCACUCAGGAACCUCGUCAGCAAUUUCCACAGGAUUCUUGUCAGCAAUUCUCGCAGGAUUCUUAUCAGCAAUUUCCACAGAAACCUUCUCAGCAAUUUGCACAGCGAUCUCAACGGAAAUGUUGCUUUCAGUUGCCCCCACAAAACUGUUGCCAACAACCUAGAAACAUGUUUCAGGAAAAUUUUGAAGGACAAAAUAUUACCAGGAGAAGAUCCUGCUACUGUGUAACCCACGAAAUGGGCGUUCAAACGGACGAGUGCAAGUGUAAGAGGGAUCAGAGGGAGGAUUACAAGUGCAAAAAGGAUCAAACCGAAACAGCAUGUCCAACGGACGAGGAGGAAGGGUGCAGAUGCAAAAGGGAUGAAACCGAAACACCAUGUCCAUGUCGCGAGGAAUCUCAAGAUUCAAUGGAGCUCGAUUAUAUUGCUGUCACCGAACUGACAACAAAGGAAAUGGAAGUGAAACACCGCACCGGCACAAAGGAUAUUUUCAUCGAGAAGGUUCAAUCGGUCACCCAUUUUCCAACCGAUCCCAAUCAAGCAAUCACAAAGAUUCAUACUGUAGAAAAAACCCAGAAGAAGAAACCUGAAGAAAUCACAGAGAAUGAUAUCGUACCCCUACGACCUCUGCGCAAAUCGGAACUGGAACCAAUAGUUGAGUCUAUGAAAGCGGAGGUCUCCAAAUCCGGUUCCAAUUCGGAAACGGGUGAGCUGAUCUACCAUAAAUAUGAGACUUAUGAGCGGGACUUUGGGGAUUCUAAGAAGACGGUGGAGAAAUCCAUAAACAAGGUCAAAACUCCGGUGGGAUCUCCGCCAUCCCGUAUAUCUCGAUCACCCAAUAACCGAUCACCCACCCGAGGAUCUCCAACCAAACCCCUUUCCCGCUCACCCACGGACAACAUAAGCCGCUCGGAAUCCGGAAAGGAUACCGGUGCAUCGAACUCGGACCAAAACACAUCAAUUGUCAAUGAUGAAGAUAUAAGCGAACCUUUUGUCAUUAUCAGUAGUGACAAUUCAAACGAUAAAGAGGAGGAAAUGCCAAUGGAAAAGGAAAGAACUCCCUCCGACUCCGACAAUGAAAAGGUGCCCAAUGAAAGAAAAAGAAUACCCUCGGAUUACGAUAAUGUGAGUACGGUGCACAUGAGGGUUACUAACAGAAAGGAGGCUUCUGUAAAAAGACCCAAUGCCAAGGAAUCGAAUGGAAAUAUGACAGCCGUUUAUGAGAGCCGAGUUUCCCAAGUGAUGGUAAGGGAGCGAGCUAAAAAGAAGCCAGAUGAGAAGAAACCGAGUGAAAAGAAGCCGAGACAGAAGAGACCAAAGAUUCUACCCCCGCCUAAAAUGGAAAUGAAGCAAGGAUAUCCAUCGAAUGAUUUGAUCUGCCGAUUUGCAAAUCCUCCAAAGUGCCGACCCACUUGCAGGACCUUCAGAUUUCCCUGUCCGCCGUCCAACUCUUUCAACUCCUGCAAGUCCUACAACCAAUGUCCUUCCCGUAUUCCCAGCACAAGACAAUACGAUCCCAUCUACGGUUUUGGCAGCAAAUGUAUCGCCUACUAUUGUCGAUAG